AUGCCUCUAACAUCCGAAAACGAAACGUCUCAAAGUUUUCAAUCAAGUCCGAAAAAGACUUCAAUAAUCGAUGACACCUACGAUGAGGACGCAGAUCCCGACUACACGUUAGGUCACGACGCUAUCAUUACCGAAGAGGAUGACGGAUCGGGGAUUAGCAGUCUAUCAGAGUUGUCGGAAGGUGAAGAGAUCUCUGAUGAUGAUACUUCAACAUACUCGGAAGAUGACCAGAAACUCGUGGAUCACAAAGGAAUCUUUGGUACAGGUAGUAGAAUGGCCAGCCAGAGUAGUUUAGACAUGAUCGUCAGAACGCAUGACAGAUUUAGAACUUUUAUUCAUGAGCAAGAGAUACCCAGAAAGCUGUUGCAUGUUGUGAUCGGCUUCGUCACCUUAUAUCUUUACACAUUGGGAUAUCAGUCGAAGGAUGUAGUUAAGCAAAUUGGCAUAGCCGGUGUAUUCGUCUAUUCGUUGGAUCUCUUGAGGCUCAACUGGAAGUUAUUCAACAAAGCCUACUGUUUCGUGGUUGGCUUUUUAAUGAGAGAGAAUGAAGUUAAGUCCGUCAACGGUGUCAUAUGGUACAUUCUUGGAUGUAUGAUCACCUUGCUGUAUGCUACGAAGGACGUUUCUAUCAUGUCCAUCUUACUUUUGAGCUGGUGUGAUACUGCUGCAUCCACCGUGGGACGCAGAUUCGGCUAUUUGACACCAAAAAUCGCACGUGGUAAGUCCUUGGCAGGAUCAUUCGGUGCAUUUGUUAUGGGUAUUUUUGCCUGCUACUUCUUUUACGGUUACCUCGCUCCUCAGUAUCCUCAAUUUAAUAAGGAGUUUCUUUGGACCGCACAGUCCAGUUAUUUGUCCUUGAACGCCCUUGCUCUUCUCUCGGGCUUUAUUGCAGCCCUUAGUGAAGGCAUCGACAUCUUCGAAUUAGACGAUAACUUGACUAUUCCUGCACUUUCUGGUAUUUUCUUGGACGCUACCAUCAAGUUGGCUUCGAAAUGA